AUGAUAUUGGAAACUACUCCAGUGCCUCAGGUUCAAUUUGUGUUCGUUGCCAUUCUUCCGAUGUCGAUCGGUGAGUUUCAGAGGCAGCAGUCCCAGUACCUUGCCAGUGUCGCCAGCAUGGCCAACGUAGAUAUCUCGCUCGUGACAGUCGUGAGUGUCACAGAGAUUUCGUUACGGCGAGGAGGACGAGGAGGAAGAUCCUUGCUGGCUGUGGGCGUGGAAGUUGAGACUGCGAUCUUGACCAGCAGCGCUCAACGAGACUCGCUGGCUCAGACGGUCAGUCAGGACGCACUCGAUCGCGAGCUUGUCAAGAAUGGUCUGCCCAAGAGCUUCGCUCUGACGGUCAAGUCGGGAGCAGGGGUGAUCCAGGGGAUCGCAAACCCCUCAGUCCUCGUCUCCCUCGUCUCGUUGCCACUCGGCCUGCUCUUGAUCUGCACGGGCUUUCGUGUCCUGCGCUUGUACAAGAGGAGGCAGGUCCAGCCUCAGCCCUUCGUCAAGGUGCUGCCACUCGAUGGCGAGGAUGAACCCGAAGGGGAGGCGGACGAGUUCGACCGCUGCUCGUCCUCAGACAGCGAGAGGGUCAUAGCGAUUGGACACUCAGCAGGGACUACAGGGAGCGUCGGACGUCCUUGGCUGUUAGACGAGUUUGAGAGGCUUGAUGAGGGCGACGAGGAACAGUCGGCUGCGAGGAACGGAAUUCUUGCUUACAGCGAGCCUGACUUGAACUCUACAGUCGUGGGGAAGCAUGGGAGAGACACGCCGCUAGUGGAGCAGGACAGAUACAUCGACAACUCCAACCAGCUGUGGAUCCUGCAUGAAGUUGGUUGGUCGCUGUCUCGCGACAUUCUGAGCCAGCAAGAGCACAUCCCCAGGUCGCUCUCGAACCUUCAAGCACUUCCUCGCAGACCAACACGCCUGCUCCCCAUCGCUGGAGGAGGAAAGGUGCACCCGCCGCCAUGGGAGAAGAGCCUUCGCUUGAGCCCGACAGCCUUCCUCUUCCUCAACACGACCAUACCGGACGACCUUCGCGAGCCUGAAGCUCGUGGGCCUCUGCAGCUUCAGGGGCGACGAAGCCGCGACGAGGAUGCAGGGGAGGCGGAGCAUCUACCAGGCUCCUCCAUGCUUGAGACGGAAGCCAACAGGCAGCAUGAGCGAGAUGUCGCUCUUGACUUGGCUCUCAUGCCAGCGUUCGACAUGAGCUUGUCGCAAGGACUUCGCACACUGAAGAAGCUCCCCCGCGGAUUCAGAGACUGA